AUUAUCCCCACAAGAAGAAUACUCUCGCCACAAGAGAAAUGGAAAUAAAAGGACACGAUCAUCAAGUAGGUAAUUAUGGAGGUCACUUGAAAUGCGAUGCUUGUGACGAUCGGUCGUAUAGCCAUGGCAUCCAUUGCACCGACUGCGAGUUCACUGUUCACGACAAAUGUGUCUUUGUGUUCAGUACACCGGAGACAUUUGAGCACCGUUCUCAUGUUGGACAUUGCCUUAAGUUUCUAACAACAGGAGCUCCUGAUCACACCGAUCCGAAAUGUCACAUAUGCGGUAAAAACACUAAGCGUCUCCUUUAUCAUUGUUCUAUAUGUAAACUCAAUUUGGACAUUGAUUGCAUGGUUGAUGACAUGUGUGCCCGAGCACAUCUGAAUAUGUCGUGGCACCAUCAUCCUCUACUCUUGCUUGACUUUAAUUGUAAGAUGUUAUGCAAAGUUUGUGGUCAUUCAGAUGGAUAUGGCUUCUUUUGCCCUCGUUGUAAGUUGAUGGUUCAUGAUAAAUGUGUCUCCGUGUUCGACUCGCCGGAGAUCACUCAUCCUUUUCAUGUGAGACAUCCUCUUAAGCUUCUCACCAAAGGAGCUCCCGAUUAUAUAGAUCCAGAAUGUCAUGUGUGUGGAAGAGAUACUGAAAGCUUUCUUUAUCAUUGUGAUAUUUGUAAGUUCAACUUGGAUAUGGUUUGUGUGGUUGAAUACCAUCGGCAACAUACAGUCACACCAGUUGCUCUUUCAAAUUUGAAGGUACGCCAAACCAGAAGGAAAGAUCACAGACGAUAUUGCUUUGGUGUUUAACAAAACAUUUUCACGACCAAUUUGCAACAACUGUCUUUGUCGUUGCGUGGCUCCCUUCUUUAUUAUUAAAGAGAACGAAAGAUUUUGUUCUUACUAUUGCUUGCUACGUAUUCAAAUGAGAGCAUCUUCAAUAAGUCAGAUUGUAAUCU